GAAUAGUUAAACAAGUGACAAUUAAACAAGCUAAUCAAGUAAAAGGAAACUAGACAUGUUUAAUAUAAAGGAAUUAAACGAGUCAAGCUUGCCUUCUACGUUGUAAACUGAAAAUCGAUGGGAGGGACACCAUUUAAGGCAUCGUUGCAUCCUGCUUUCUUUACAGUGCAGAUGGUGUGCAGACUGCUGUCAUCGUUUAAGAGGCUCAACACAUCACCAUCACUGCCUCAGUUGAAUUAUGCCGAGAGGAUGGACAGAGCUGGAGCUUCCUGUGGCACCAUCAUGUCUUGCCUGCUGGAGAGGGAGAGAGAGAGAGAGAGAGAGAGCGAGUGUUCAAACUUACACAAACAGUUCUCAUUGAUGUAGAAAUUUUGGAAUCUUGUUAGAGAAUUGGCAUUGAAUAUAAGAUGACGCCCAGCACCUGGCAUAAGGGGCGGAGCAUGGGUGGGCAUGGGUCUUGACCCCACCUCAAAAAUGGUUUUUUUUUUUAAUUUACAUGUAAAUUUUAAAAAAUUUCAUUUAUUUUAUUUAAAAAAAUUGUAAAAUGGUACCUCCAGCUCUAAUCAAAAUCUAAAAAUUUUAAUUCAACUCAUAUGAAAAACCAGGCGGCAUCUGAGUGAUUGAUCUUGCACAUAUCAAUUUGAAUAUUUAGAUGUGAACUGUACCAGUUGACAAGAUGUGGGUUGAAUGAAUGGUUUCUCUUCCUUGGACAUAUUGUUUCAUUUGGUCAAAAAGGUUUCUGGUUCCUUCUUCUAGGAUGGAAAGGCCAAAUCGAAAAUUUUGUUGGGUGAAACUCAAUGUUGCUUGUAUCAAAAUUUUGUGUGGGAGCGGGCUAUGGAGACAAUGAAUUAAGGAUAAAAUGACUAAAAUGCCCCUUCAAUUAAAUGGGAGAACCCUCCCCUGUAAAGGCAAAAUCCCCUAUAAAGAAAAAGUAGAAUAUGAAAAAUUUUGAAUCUAUGAAAUGUUCAAUAUAAAAAGAUGUGAAUAUGUCCUCUCAUGUCGACGGGGUUGAGCUUAAAAUGGUAUGCUUAAAAUUAUGCUUUAUUGCGUUGUUUCAAAAAUAAAUAAACAAAUGCAACAAAAUUCAAAGACUGCCCACGAAAAUGCUGAAAAAAUUUGAAAAAGAUACAAAUAAAUUUCUAAUGCAUUUUCAGAAAAAUAAAAAUUCAAAAAAAAAAAUGUCGGCUGAUAGAACAAAGGAGUCGACGUUUUUGAAGAGGAGCGAAUUGCCUGCCCUUACAGGCAAUUUUUUUUUUUUUUAAUCUUUGUCACCUAAACAUACAGAUCAAAUAAGGUUUCAAAAACUUGUUAAGCAACCAAGUCCAGAUUUCUUUAAACUAAUAUUUUUUAUUGGUGCUAUCUGGGCUGCAAACUAGCUGGUACUUCAAAUCGCCUGCGUUUCAGCAGUGUUUGCUGGCCCGCCCUCUGAGAUUCUGCGGUUUUUGCGAGUAAUACCAUCAUCGCCAAAACCCACCUUCGAGGUCACCGGUAGCAGCAUCUCGAUCUUUUGCUUCUCCCCUUCCCUUUCCCAACUCAUAGAGCCCGGGUUUCACGAGUUAAGGGGCAAACACCAAGUUGCCUUCCCCUGCUCUUGUGAAGCUAUCCUCCAAAUCAAUCUCCUUUCCCUUCGCGGUCAUGGUGGACUUCAUUCUUUCCAAGGUCAUAGACGGCUUCACCACACUUGCCCAAGAUGAGAUCAAAUUGGUGCUUGGAGCCAGAGGGCUAGUGGAGAGUCUGUCCACAACGCUGACUCUGAUCAGGCCAGCACUUGAUGAUGCUGAACAGCAGCAAGUCAUUGAGAAGGGUGUGAGAAACUGGCUGCGGAUGCUCAAAGGUCUGGCAUACGAUGCAGAGGACAUAAUUGAUGAAUGCAUCGCCAAGGGCCUCAUAUCGAGGGACCAUGACGAUACCAAAGGCAAGUUGUGUGGUUUCUUUCCAAAUCCCUCCUACUGCUUCCGAAAUCCCACCUCUUUCCAAGAUGUCAAGUUCCGGCGUGAUAUAUCUAUACGAGUAGAGAAUUUGAUGAAGAAGAUGGAAGAGAUCAAAAAAGCGAAAGAUCUGUUUGAUUUCAGGGAAGGGUCUUUCAAAGGGGACGUGAGAUCACUACCAACUUCAUCCUUGGUUAAUGAACUGGAAGUGGUCGGUAGGGACAUUGACAGAAAAAUUGUCAUAGGAUUGCUGUGCAGCAACGCUAGUCUUCAGAUGGCAAGCAGUUCUGGUCAUGAGGGAAUUGCCACUGUGGCUAUCGUUGGCAUUGGCGGCCUCGGGAAGACUACUCUUGCUCAACUGGUCUUCAACGACAAUGCAGUGAAGGCCCACUUUGAUUUGAAGGUGUGGAUAUGCGUGUCUGCGGAUUUUGAUCUGCAGAAGACCACAAAAGCGAUCGUAGAAGAACUGUCUGGCGUUAACUGCAACGUACAGGAUUUGAACCAUGUCAGCAAAAUCGUCAGUGGUAAGAGAGUUUUGCUUGUGCUGGAUGAUGUGUGGAUUAAGAACCAAGAAAAAUGGGAGGCCUUGGUGGUUCCUUUCCAAAGCAGUGGUAAGGGGAGUAGGCUUUUGGUGACCACCCGCAGCGUGGUUGUCUCGACGAAACUAAAUGCUAACUUUGUGCAUGAGUUGAAAAAUUUGUCCGAGGAUGAUUGCUGGUCCCUACUCAGAAGAAAGGCAUUUGGGGGCGGCCAGGCCGAUCCAGAGCUAGAAUCAAUAGGCAGAGAUAUUGUCAAGAAAUGCAAUGGAGUCCCUCUCGCGGCAAACAGCCUUGGAAGCCUUUUGCGCAUGAAAACAACCAAAAAAGAGUGGUUGUACGUCAAAAAUAGCCAGAUCUGGAAUUUGCCUGCAGAUGGCGGGAAUCGCAUCUUGCCUGCCUUGCGGCUUAGCUACUACCAUUUACCGUCACACCUCAAGAUAUGCUUCGCAUAUUGCUGCCUUUUCCCGAAGGGCUACCCUAUUGAGAGGAAGAUGUUGAUCGAGCUAUGGAUGGCAGAAGGCUUCAUUGUUGCUGACGGAAGACGGGAGAUGGAGGACAUAGGCAAUGAGUAUUUCAAUGAGCUGUUGUGGCGCUCUUUCUUUCAGGACGAAUAUGUCGGCGUGGGAGGCGAGAUCCUUGAUUGUAAGAUGCAUGGUCUUGUCCACGAUCUUGCUUGCUCUGUUGCUGAAGAAGAUUUCUACUUUGUUGGGGAGGCAGGUAAGCCUCGAAUUGAUCUUCCAAGAGCUCGUCAUCUGUCAUUAGUUAAGCAAGAGCAACUGCAGACAAUUAUUGAUGCGGUUUCCCAUGCCGCGAGCUUGAGAACUUUUCUUGUAUUCUGGGGAGCAAGUCCUAAACUACACAGUCCUUACGGUUUCAACCUUCGUAUUGGGGAUGCAGCACGAAACCUAAUAGAGAACUGCAAGCUCUUGAGAGUGUUAGAUUUAGGAGGUACCGAUAUCAUAUCUCUGCCUGACUCUGUAGGUGAGCUGAAGCUUCUGAGGUACCUCGAUGUCUCUCUCACUCAUAUCAGAGAACUGCCUGAAUCCACUAGCAAGCUCUGCAAUUUGCAGACAUUGAAAGUUAUAUUCUGCAAGAAGCUUCUUAAGCUGCCAAACGCACUCGGGAACAUGAUCCAACUUCGGCAUCUUCUCUUUGACUAUUGCGACUCAAUCACGUACUUGCCAACUGGGAUCAAUCAGUUAACUUGCCUUCAAACUCUGCAUUGCUUUAUUGUCGGGGAAGGGACUGGAUGCAACAAUAUUAAUGAGUUGAACGCGUUGAACAACCUUAGUGAGAGACUGAAAAUAACAAACCUUGAGAAUGUAGCUUGUAAGGAGGAUGCUGCGGCUGCGAAUCUGGCAGCUAAAAGUGAUCUUGUAACUCUGAAGCUGGUAUGGAGUCGCCACCAAUCAUAUCCUUCGACUGUGGCAACAAAUGCAGAGGGAAUCCUGGAAGCCCUUCAGCCUCCUGUUUCCAUUGAGAGACUCGACAUGACAAAUUACAUAGGCCCCAACUUCCCGAGUUGGCUAGGAAGCUCUGUGCUCUGUAAAUUGGUAGAAAUUGUGAUUGAUGGCGCUGCCCAAUGCAUUCAUCUCCCUACACUUGGGAAUUUACCACUCCUCAAAAAUUUGUCAGUAACAGGCACGAACUCUGUAAGAUUUGUGAGGCAUGAGUUCUACGGUGACGGCACAACAAAGGGGUUUCCAUCACUGGAGAGGCUGGAGUUCUGCGCAAUGGAAGAAUGGGAAGAAUGGAUAGGAAUGGAUGGGAUAUUCAAGCGACUGCAAACACUCUAUAUUCGUGAGUGUCCCAAACUAAGGUCAAUCUCCAACGUGCUAGAGCACCUGUCAGCUUUGCAGGCCUUAUGGAUUACCAGUUGUCAUGGACUAACAACGUUAGCUGAAGAACUGGAACAGCUUAAUUCCCUUACCUCAUUGAGGUUUGUGGAUUGCCCUAAGCUAAGCGUGCUGCCGAAAGGGCUGCAACAUCUUCCUGCUCUCCAAUAUUUGGAGAUAGGCCAGUGCCCAGCAUUGACAACCUUACCAUGGGAGUUACAGUACCUUACUGCUCUUCGUGCUCUGGUGAUCGCUUCUUGUCCCAAACUGACAAAGCUAGACAAUCUUAUGAAGUUUGACAAGAACGCAAAGUGUGUCAGUCGUCUUGAAUCACUGAUUAUAAGCCAUUGCGAUGGACUGGUAGAAUUGCCUGAGGAAAUAAGAGAAUUAGUUGCUUUGAAGUACUUGGGGAUCGGUUACUGCAUUAGAUUAACAGCAUUGCCGACGGGCAUCCAGCGCCUUAAUCAUCUGCGAACCCUACAAAUCAAUGGGUGCCCUUUCAUAAAGAAGACAUUGCUGGAGCAGAAAAAAGAAGGAUGGAACCACAACCUCAAGAUUGAAGUCGAUUACCAGACGAUUAAUCAAUCAUCGGAUGGCUUUGCUCAAAAAGGCGGAGUGAUUUCUAUCGAUUCUGAAGGCCAAACAAGCCAUAGGUAUAAGCAGAUUACCUCAGUCUAUUGUUCAAGAGGAUAUUUGGAGUAACUUCUAGUGUUCACGAAGUUCAACGCAUGGUUGAUGGAUUCUUAAUAUUGAUUACCUUGGUCUGUUUUUGAGGACUUCUGUUAUUGAGGCCUUCGACUGGAUUACCUUGAUCAGUUCUGGAGAACUUUGAUGGUUGAAUAAUUGGUGGGUGAGAACCCCUCCUCUCUCUCUCUCUUUGCUGUGUUAGGGUUUUGUUGGUGCGAGAAGGGCCUUGGAGAUCGGGAAGAGUGACGGCGUGGAGGCCGUCAUUGACGAACGUCGCGAUGGAUGUGAACGCAGCAGAUAUCUUCUCGGCAGGUAGAGGAGGUCGUCGUUCACCCGCUUGACCUCCUCAGCAUCGUCGAUCACUACGACAGAGUCGUUAGGAACACAAGGAAGCGGCGCAUCAGCGUCCUCCUCGGGAGCUCCUUCAGUGGGUGUCGUCGAUGUCACCAAUAGCUACACUGGUUCGCCUCUCCUUUUGCUUGCAUCCUGGUUUUCUUUCCUUUUUCUUUUCAAUAACUCGCGUCGCCUUUUCUUCUACGUCGGAAUUUCUGAUACUUCUUGUUUUCUGCCGCUUGAUUCUUCUUGGAUACUCGAUUGGACGUUGAAUAAGGAGCUUCAAGCCUUAUGCAUCUUUUGUAGCUUGUUCUCUGGUUCUCUGCUAUGUGCAAUUUGUGAGAAUGUGGAAAAAGUGGUGUUGAACUUUGUGAUGUUAGAUUUGAUUAAAAAAUAACUUGGGAACCUUGAGCAACAACUUUCCCCUAUGCUUAGAAUUUGAGGUUCAUCUUAUGCUGAAUUUUUUGCUUUUACUUGUUACUUUCUCAAGAGCAAGAGCUAAAGACUUUUCCUUAGAUCCA